AUGUUAAUUAAAAAUUUACCUGUAAGAGACAUUAAAGAUUAAAAUAAUUUCAUUAAGGAUUAGGUAGGUGGUGCUACUUCAAUGAUUUUAUACCUUUUGCUGCGAGGCUGGGACGAAAGUUCAAAUGAUGGUCUCCAAAUUCGAUCCAGUUUCGAUGGCAACCUAGGAAUGGUCAUAUGAUGAAAGGUGUCUGCACAAUGAACCUGGACAGAGAAUCAAUGCUUAUAAAUUGUUUGAAUGAAAACGGAAACUAUAAGAUUCUAAGGUUUUGGCAUCAGCCAUUGCAUUAGCCAUAAUAAACAAAUUAAGGACAUUAAACUAUAGAAUUUAACAAUCUUAUAUGUUCUCAUUAGGUGUCCAAAUCCAUUCUCUGCAGCCAAAGUGAUUGAGGCUCAUUCGUAAUGCUAUAAAUACUUGCAGUCUUAUCAUUUAUCAAACAACAAAGAAGAAAGUAAGUAUUGAUACAGCAAAGAAAGAACAAAACGUUGCUUUUGAAAAAAUGGAGAAUGAUGCCGGUGCUGCUUCUGUUCCCUCUACAAUGAAGGCUUGGGUUUAUGCUCAACAUGGAAAACCUGCUGAUGUUCUGAAACUCAAGUCAGAUGUUGCUGUACCCCAAGUGAAGGAAGACCAGGUUCUAGUCAAGGUUGUUGCGGCAGGGCUUAAUCCACCUGAUAACAAGAGGAUGAUUGGGAUAUUUAUACAUGCUGAAUGUCCUUUUCCAACGAUUCCAGGCUAUGAUGUUGCUGGCGUGGUGGUGAAAGUAGGAAGCCAAGUAAAGAAUUUAAAGGUAGGAGAUGAAGUAUAUGGGAAUGUUCAUGAGAAAGCCUUGGAUCAUCCGAAACAAUAUGGCACUUUAGCUGAGUAUACUGCUGUUGAAGAGAGGUUGUUAGCUCUCAAACCAAAAAAUGUGAGCUUUCCUGAAGCUGCUGCACUGCCUGUUGGCACUGGGACUGCCUACGAAGGCCUUCAACGAUGCCAGUUUUCUGCAGGUCAAUCUAUUCUUGUCUUAGGAGGUGCUGGUGGGGUUGGCAGCAUGGUCGUUCAGCUAGCCAAGCAUGUUUUUGGGGCAUCCAGAGUAGCAGCUACAGCAAGCACUGGAAAACUGGAGUUGCUCAAGAGCUUGGGAGCUGAUUUAGCAAUCGAUUACACCAAAGAGAACUUCGAAGAUCUACCAGAGAAAUUCGAUGUAGUAUACCAUUGCGUUGGGCAAUGCGAAAGGGCAGUGAAGGCAAUGAAAGGAGGAGGGCGAGUGGUGACAGUUAGCGGUGCUGUGACAGUGCCAGCAUUUAAAUUCAUAGUCACUUCUAAUGGAGCUGAUUUGGAGAAACUGAAUCCUUAUUUGGAUAGUGGGAAGGUAAAGGCAGUGAUUGAUCCCAAAGGCAUUUAUCCUUUCUCUCAAACCCUGGAAGGACUUGCCCAUGUUGACACUGGCAGAGUUGCAGGAAAAGUGGUCGUAUAUCCGAUCCAAGAAGAGAAUUGA